GUAGUCCCUCCUCCUUCUCGCGCCUUCAAAUCCACCUCUCAUUCCGGUUACCUUUCUCUCUCUCUCUCUCUCUCACUCACUGUUUAGAUGCUCUGAACUUUUAUCUAUAUAUGCCACUCUGAUGACGAUGGGUGUCUCCAAUUUUCCGGCAACCGUCAAACUUUUCAUCGCCGGCGCCGAUGCUUAUGCGCUUACCGGUAUGAACCGUUUGCGACACCCCCUGUGUUGAUUUAGAAAUGCUAGAUCUAUUCAUCGUAUCACACGUUCGAUCCAAAACCUGGUUCCACAAGAGGAAAAAAACCCACCCACUUCGUUCCCAUAAACCCUAGGGAUAUUUCCCUUCCAAUCUCGUAACACUCGAUUGUAGUUUGCGAAUUGUACAGCUAGAAUUUCUUUUCUGUUUAAUUUUAAUAUUUUCUUUGCCGGGUUUUCAAAGAUUGUACAGUUAGGGUUCUAGAUGGUGAGGGUUGUUGGAGGUUGCUUUUGAAGGAAAAAUCAGAUUUUGAUUCUGGGUUUUUGUUGGGGUGGUGGAGAACGAGGUUUUGUAAAAGGCCGUCAUUUUGGUUGCAACGUUAAGGAUUUUAGGUUUUUACAACCGCAAUUGUAACCGCAUCAGCUGAGUGUAUCUAAAAUAUAGAGCAAAAGAACGCGUUGAAACUGUGGCUGCAAUUUAAAACCUUGGUGUAGAAAGUGUGGAAGAUGAGCAUGAGUGUGGCUGAGGAUGAAUCUGGUGAAGAGGUUCAUGUUCCGGGGGAGAUUGAUUGGCAAAUGCUUGAUAAGUCUAAGUUUUUCUUCCUUGGUGCUGCACUUUUCUCUGGGGUUUCUGCAACCUUAUACCCUGUUGUUGUGUUGAAGACAAGGCAGCAAGUGGCUCAGUCUCAAGUUUCCUGCAUCAACACUGCAUUUUCACUGAUUAGGGGUGAGGGUUUUAGGGCAUUGUACCGUGGAUUUGGGACUUCAUUGAUGGGUACAAUCCCUGCUAGGGCUCUUUACAUGGCUGCAUUAGAGGUUACCAAGAGCAAUGUUGGCACUGCCACUGUUAGGUUUGGGCUUGCUGAGCCCACUGCAGCUGCAGUGGCUAAUGCAGCUGCUGGCCUGAGUGCUGCAAUGGCAGCUCAGCUUGUGUGGACCCCUGUUGAUGUUGUGAGCCAGAGGCUGAUGGUUCAAGGUGGUUGUGAUUCCACAAACCCUAAGGCUUCAGGUCUUAGGUACAUCAAUGGGAUUGAUGCCUUCAGGAAGAUUUUGAGCAGUGAUGGUCUAAGGGGCUUGUAUAGGGGUUUUGGGAUCUCAAUUUUGACCUAUGCCCCUUCAAAUGCAGUUUGGUGGGCUUCAUAUUCUGUUGCACAAAGAAUGGUUUGGGGUGGAGUUGGGUACUACUUGUGCAAGGGAAGUGAUAAUACUACUACUGCAUUGAAGCCUGAUACAAAGACUGUGAUGGCAGUUCAGGGAGUCAGUGCAGCUGUGGCUGGUGGCAUGUCUGCUUUGAUCACCAUGCCACUGGACACCAUCAAGACAAGACUGCAGGUCUUGGACAGCGAUGACAACGGCAGCCGGCGAGGGCCGACGGUUAUGCAGACGGUGAGGAGUUUGGUUAGGGAAGGGGGUUGGAUGGCCUGCUAUAGAGGAUUGGGACCUAGAUGGGCUUCAAUGUCAAUGUCUGCAACAACUAUGAUCACAACUUAUGAGUUCCUCAAAAGGCUUUCCACCAAGAAUCAAGAGGUUUUGACAUGAUGGUUAGGCUUAUAAUGACAGCUAAAAGGAUAAACAAAGAGAGGAAGUUCUUUGAUCUUUCCCUUUCCUCCGUUCUUUGCUAGUUUAUCUGUUCUUAUCUUUUCUUCGCUUGUCAAUGUUGUUUCUUCUCUUUUGGCUUGCCUGAAUUAUGACUGCUUGAUCAGUGCAAGUCAUUUCAGGUUCUUACAUAAAUAAAAAGUCUUUUAACACAUC